AUGGGUGGCCCAAGCUCAAGUGCAAGUGGGGGAACGCCUAAUGCAGACGGUCAAGACGACCACAAGAUGAGACAGUCUGAAGAGGGGCGCGUGCGUGUUGGGACAGUCUUUAGUAGCGGGGCAGUCUACGCCAAAGUCGUCAGGCACCGGAAUGGGACACAGAAAAUCACAUAUCACUGCCCGGAUACCGAGAUCGAAGUGGUAGGAGAGGAUAUUGUGUGGUUAAGGGAAGUUCUCGCUUUCAGAGAGCGGUUCCCGACGACCAGUGUACCAGCCGAUAAGCUAGACUCGUGUAUGGCUUUGGCUUAUAUGACCUGGGUGAAGUACGAGAAGUAG